GAAAAAGGGCAGGAGCUGUCAGCAUCCGCGAGCUAUGUCCGCAUCUGUGAUAGCCAAUAAGUAGUAGGCACAGAGGCUUCUCUGCCCUGGUGCUUUCCUUCGCCCUCCGCUUCGUCCGACGUCUGCUCACCAUGCCGUCCUCGCAGAGCUCGGGAGACAAGGAGGCUUCCUCUCAGGUUUCGAACCUGCCAGAGGACACCGCUCAGCAUCCUGUCAACCGCUCUGAGUUCCAGUACAAUGCAAGUCUCGAUGGAGUGAAGCGUGGGCUUGGGCGCCAACAUAUUCAGAUGAUUGCGCUCGCCGGUGUCAUCGGCACGGGCCUCUUCCUUGGUCUGGGAGAGAUCCUCGCCCUCUGUGGGCCGCUGGGUGCUCUGAUCGUCUACGCGCACGUCUCUUCGGUCGUUUACGCGACGUUGACGUCGGUGGGAGAGCUCUGUGCCUUUGCACCCAUCUCUGGCACUCUCAUUCACUAUGCGGCGAGAUGGGUUGAUCCGGCUUUGGGUUUCGCUAUGGGAUGGGUAAACGCUGCGUUCCUGAACUACUACUACUUCACGAGCACUGCAAUCGCAACCGAAGUGACCGCUUUCUCGGUCUUCGUAUCGUUCUGGGACGCGAAUCCUGACCACACGGGGAUCUAUGUCGCUGUCAUGAUCGUCCUUCUCAUUUUCAUCAACCUGUUCGGUCUUAAGAUCUUCGGCCAUUCCGAAAUCUUCUUUGCUUUCUUGAAGAUUUUCUUGAUUGUCGGCUUGAUCAUUGCUGGCCUCGUUGUGACCUGUGGUGGCGGCCCUGACCACGAAACCAUUGGAUUUCGUUAUUGGAGAGAUCCUGGGCCCUUCGUUUCUUUCUUGGAGCCUGGAGGACGUGGCAGAUGGGUCGGCAUGCUUGUCGCUAUUGUCCCGGCUGCUUUCUCGCUCAGCGGCGCCGAGCUUAUUGCGAUUACAAUCGCCGAAGCCAAGAACCCGCGAAAGAACAUCGUGCUGUCGAUGCGAACUGUACUCUUCCGCCUCAUUUUCUUCUAUCUUUUUGCAGUGUUGAUCGUCGGAAUGCUUGUUCCGUCUAACGACCCACGUCUCUUCCAGCGAACAGGAACCGCCGGUAUCUCUCCGUUCGUCCUGGCCUUCAACCGCGCCGGAAUCAAAGUCCUGCCCUCAAUCAUCAACGCUAUCCUCCUGACAUGCGUGUUCUCAGCGGGCAACACCUUCCUCUACGCUGCCUCUCGCAUUUUGUACGGUUUGUCUCUCCAGGGCCAGUCGCCAAGGAUUUUCUCGACAUGUACGAAGGGCGGUACGCCGUGGGUGGCUGUCUUGACCACCGGCCUCUUUUCCCUUCUCGCGUUUUUGAACGUGAAAAACAACUCCGGUGUCGUGUUUACAUGGUUUAUCUCGUUAGCUACCAUGGGCGGUCUGUUCGGCUGGUUGUCCAUUAACAUUACCUACAUCCGCUAUCACUUUGGCCUAAAAAAGCAGGGAAUCAAGCCCGAGGGUAUCUACCGCUCGUGGAUGCAGCCCUACUCGGCCAUCUGGGCUAUCUUUUGGAUCAUAUUCUACAUCCUCGUCAGCGGCGUCUCGACCUUCUGGCAGUUCCAAGCCAGCUCUUUUGUUGCGGCGUAUAUCAACAUCCCCAUCUUCCUCUGCUUGUACACCGGGUACAAAAUCAUCUUCAGAACAAAGAUUCAACCUCUUGCCGACCUCGACUUUGUUUCGAACAUCCCCACGUUGGAGGAGACCGAGGACGACCCUUACCCGACAAAGAAGACUUUGGCUGAAAAUAUCAAGGAGAUGAUCUAG